AGAUGGCGACACUCGAUGGCACCGGCGGCGCGUGCCGGCGGCACCACCCGCCGCGCCCGGAGCCUGCUUCGGGACUACAACACCCACAGUGCCCCGCGGUGGCCGCGGCGGUUCCGGGAGGCGGUGGCGGCGGCACCUCGGCGCCGCGCCCGGUGCAUGGCGGUGGUGCUGAACAUGGGCCCCGAGCGCGUCUGUCCCCGGGAGCCCGGGCCGCCGGAGGGCCCUGACGGCGCGGCGGGGUGGAGCGGCGAUGAGGAGGAGGAGGAGGAGGAAGAGGAGGAAGGCGGAGGGUACUUGUAUCAGCCGCUGAGCCAGGAACCGGAGCAGGGCCUCGGCGACGCGGGCCCCGGCCUGCAGGAGCGGCUGCAGAUGCUGAGGCUGCACCUGCCCGACCCGCCGGUGGACAGCGAGGAGGAGAAUGAGGAGGCAGCGGAAGGCGCUACGGCUCAGAGCAGCCACAGCUCCAUCCCCAUGGAUGCAGAGCAUGUGGAGCUGGUAAAGAGGACGAUGGCCAGCGUGAAGCUGCCCACCCUGGGCAUCCCGGCCUGGGCCAGCCAGAUCUCAGAGGAACAGUGGAAGGAUGUGGUGCAGCGCACGCUGCAGGCCCGGCAGAGCCUCGGUGGCUCCCGGCCUCAGUGGAAUUGAGGCUGAGCUGCGGUACAAGGGCUGCAAACCCCAGCCCUUCCCUCCACCCUGGAAGCACCCACUGGCCUCCGAGUCAGGUGCUGACAGGACUUGCCAGUAUCAAUCUUCCAAUUUGUCCCACUGACAUUGUCUGAUUUUCCUUCCCAUUCCUUUUUCUUGGUUUUGGCUGCUGCAUAAGUCAAUGUGAUGACCUUGUGUUGGCUUCUUUUACCUCUGAGGAGGCAGAUUGGUUUCUAUGCUUGGAUGCAUAUGGGGCGAUGGGGCUUGGCAGCUUUGCUCAGAUUCCCUCAGGACAAACACUGGGCUUGGCCCCAUGCUGACAGGACCAGAGAAGUCACUCCAGGCUAGGGCUCCUCCUCUCAGGAUAGGGUCUGUGUGUUGGAAUAUCACAGGUGGAGCAAGAUGUGUCAUUCCAAGAGAUUGGUUUUAUUUAGUUCUGUACAUACAGGGACAUCUGUACAAAAUCCAACACUUUCAUACUAUGUAAUGCUCUACUGAAAAUAAAGUACACCAUAUGUACAUAUGAA